CAAAAAAAAACCUUUUUUUUAUCAAAAUAAUUUACGUUAUCAGAACCUUCUGACUGAUAAUUCUGAUAGAUAUCAUAUUAUAAUAUAUUCUAAUCUAUAUGUUUACGUAAAAUAUUGGAAUUAAAGUCAUUUCGUGUGGUGCAAUUGCUAAACAGCACCAUGCGAUUUACCGGUGUCAUAGUUCUGGCGCUAGUCGCUCUUGCAUGGGCAGAUGGACCCUUGCCCUUAGACACUGAAAGAGUGAAUACCCUCAACCCUGCGAGUGAUAGUUACCGUCUACCUGAGGACUUGGACCCUAUCAGUUACGAUAUAGAAGUAACUCCAUACUUCACGGCAGAAACCACUCCACCUGGAAAGACACAGUUCACUUUCGAUGGUACCGUCACCAUUGUUUUCAAGGUUCUCAAACCCAAUCUAAACUCUUUUGUCAUACAUGAAAAUGUAAGAGAAAUUACGGGAGUUAGAAUAUUCAAGGAUGAGAAUAAUGAAAUGGUUAAUGUGCUAUCACACGAAAGAGACCGAGUGCAUCAAUUUUUAAAAAUUAAUUUGGCUGCAGGCACCACUUUGGAAGUGGGAGCUAAAUACAGGCUGUUGGUUAUCUAUGUAGGUAACAUCAACGAGACUCCUCUCUCCCGAGGUGUAUUCAGAGGAAACUACAAAGAUGAAAAAGGAGUUACACGCUGGUACCUGGCCACUCAUCUUCAGCCCACUCACUCAAGGCAGGCCUUCCCUAGCUUCGAUGAGCCUGGAUUCAAGUCCACCUUCAAAAUUACCAUCAACAGGCCAACUAGCUUCACUGAAUCAUUCUCCAACAUGAAGUUGCUACAUUCAAUACCUAACGGAGAGCGCACCAAAGAGAUCUUCGAAGAGACUCCAAGAAUGUCAGCGUACUUGGUGACAUUCCACGUCAGUGACGGAUUUAAAGUAAUUGCUGACAAUAAUGACUCUGAAAGGUCUUACAGAAUCCUUGCAAGGCCUAACGCCGAGGGCCAAGGAGAAUAUGCUUUGGAGAUAGGAACACCUAUUACCAAUUGGCUCAGUGAUUAUUUGAAAAUCGAUUACUACUCCAUGGCUACAGGCAUUAAAAAUGACCAGAUAGCCUCACCUUACUGGGCUUCAGGGGCUACUGAGAACUGGGGAUUGGUGACUUACAGGGAACUUCGUCUUCUCUACGAGGAGGGGGAAACAAAUGCUGCUGACAAGCUUUCUAUCGGUACCAUUACUGCUCACGAACUUGCCCACAAAUGGUUCGGUAACCUGAUCACAUGUAGAUGGUGGGACAACGUCUGGAUCAAUGAAGGUUUCGCCAGUUACUUCGAGUACUUCGCUAUGGAUGGCGCAUACCCCGAAUUGGAAUUAGCCGAUCAGUUCAACAUUAUGUAUCUUCAAAGUGCAUUAUCAAUGGACUCGUCAACUAAUACCAGAGCUUUGCAGCACACCGUCAAUAGUCCCAGUGAAGUCACCAGUCAUUUCACUGACAUUAGCUACUCUAAAGGAGCUUCAUUCCUCCUUAUGUUGAAGCAUUUGGUCUCUGAAGAAACUUUCCGGCAGGCUUUAUACUACUUUUUGGAGGACAGAAAAUACGAACACGCUUUCCCGUCUCAUCUUUUCGAUGCUUUUGAAAAGGCAGUAGCAGAAAAAUCGCCAGAGGGCAACGCUCUGGAUAUCAAAUCGUUCAUGUCUUACUGGGUCUUUGAACAAGGAUACCCUGUCCUCGAUGUUAAAGUCAACAGCCAAGCUGGUACUAUCGAACUUGAACAGGACCGAUUCUUCAUUAGUCCGUCCGCGACUCCUACGCAGCAAGUUUGGCCUCUGCCAAUCACUUACACGACUCAAAGUAGCCCGAACUGGAACAAUCUCGAUCCCGUCAAAGUGAUGACAACGAAAACUGACACUCUCCAGAAUGUUCCUACUGAUGGCUGGGUCAUCUUCAAUGUGCAACAAAAGAAUAUCUACAGAGUGAACUACGACACGGAAAACUGGCUGAAACUCGCAAUACAACUUCAAACCGACCACAACGCUAUUCAUCAUUUGAACAGAGCCCAGAUUGUGGACGAUGUGUUCGCUCUCAUGCGUUCUGAAAGGCUGUCAUUACAAGUUGGCUUCCAAGUUCUGCAGUUCUUGAAGAAAGACACGAGCUUCUAUGUGUGGUACCCAGCAAUAUCCGGUUUUAACUGGAUAAGGAAUAGACUCUUGCAUACUGAACAGCUCCCUAUUUUUGACAAACUCCUGUUCAGCUACCUCACUAACGUCAUUGAGGAUGUUGGUUUCGAUGUGGAUCCCAACGAGCAUAUCACAAGGACUCUUAACAGAUUCUACAUCCUCAACUUCGCGUGCAACAUCGGUCACGAAGAGUGCAUAAACAACUCUGUCAACAAAUUUAGGUCUUACAGUAGCGGCGAUGUACUUAGUGUCAAUCCCAACGUGAGACGUCACACAUUCUGUGAGGGUCUCCGAGCUGGUGGCUAUGAAGAAUGGAGCUUCUUAUUCAAGCGUCGGCAGGAGUCUAACAACCAGGCUGAUGAGGUAGCAAUGUUGAGAGCCUUGGGAUGUACUACGAACAAUGAAGCCAGAAACGAAUACCUGAAAAAUAUCUUAACUGAUGACGUUAAGGCUCAAGAUCGAGUGAACGCCUUCACUUUCUUCUACAUGGGAGAUGCAUCCAACGCUAAAUUCGCCAUACCAUUCAUUAAGGAAAAUAUAAAAGAAAUUGAAAAAGCGGUUGUUCUGCCAGCGUGGUUCAGUAAUAUAUUCAGCAACAUUGCUGGCUACUUGGAUGAAGAAGGCUUGGAAGAAUACUCAACUAUGCUGAAAUCGCUAGAAGCAGAAUAUCCGUCUGCAUUCACUGCUGGUAACAAUGCUAUAAAUUCAGCUAAAGCGAAUAUCGCGUGGGGCAAUGAAAAAGUUGCACAGAUAACAGAUAUAGCUAAUGGGCAACUAAGUACUACAACUACUACAACUACUACAACUACAACAACAUCAACGGAGGCGCCUCCUCCCUCUACUAGCGAGGAACCGACGACUACUCCAGAACCUGCCCCAGGCUCCGCCUCAGUUGCAUUCCCAGCCACCAUAAUGCUCUUAUGGACAGCACUAGCCAUUAUGCUACAAUAGAAUAUAAGUUUUAUAUGUUACACACCUAUUUUAUAACAAAGCUAUCACAAUGUAUCUUCGUUCACGGAGAAAUGUACAAAUUUUUUGAUACCAGUUACAUAUUAUAUUUUUUUGAAAAAUAUACCUCUAGCUAUAAUAUUUAAAGUUGAAUUUGAUUUGUUUUUUUUUUUAAUAAUGAAUAGAAAUUAGGUCACUGGUAUAUAUAGCUUGUUACAAAUUAUAUUUAUUUAUGUAGUUGCUGAAGGAGAUCGUUAUAGUAAAAGGUUAUAUUGUACGUUUGUUUAUUUAUUGUAAGGUUCUAGUCUAUGUGUUAGCAAUACUGUGAUAACAGGCACGAAAGCAGGAUACGCUGUGAAAACAACUUGCAUAUUUUAUACCAAUUUAUAUGUUGUGCAUCAAUAAAUAAAGUAUUUUUUCUAAA